ACGUUCGGGAGAACAUACAAAGCAAUUGAACGCACGCUUUUCAAGUUUCAAAAAGUGAUACGUCAACGGCAACAGUGACCAAAGGAUGGCUACUUUUCUUGCUAGCCAAAUAUUUGCAUCCCACAACCGUCAUUUAUGCCGAGCGUAUAGCGGCCUACAAAAAUGCGAAUCGUUACUAUUUAACAGCCCGCCUUCGCUCCGAUUUCAGCGUCAGAUACAAACUGGAAUGCCAAAUAUCACAAAUGUCGCUGCAGCGCCUGUAAGUGACAAGUCCGGUAACGACGCUCUGAUUAGGCGAGAUGUAGCAAAACUUUAUGAAGACAUCAGGGAGUCAUUAGGUAAAAGCCAGGCAACAUUAACAUCGAUUGCUCAAUACUAUUUCGAUGGAGAGGGUAAAGCUAUACGACCAAUAAUUACAAUGUGUUUGGCUAAUGCGAUCAACUGUCAUCUAAAUCAAACUUCACCGGAUAUAAUCGAAAAACAAAAGAAGGUCGCACAAGUAACUGAAAUGAUACACACGGCCUCUUUAGUUCAUGACGACGUGAUUGAUCUAGCUGAAAACCGAAGAAACAAAACAUCUGCCAAUAUCGUAUGGGGCCAAAAAAGAUCGGUCGCAGCAGGCUAUUUUGUUGUUGGACGCGCAAUUGCGAUCUGUGCUAGUAUGCGAAGUGAUCCCGUUUUCGAGUUGAUAUCACAGAUGGUUGCUGAUUUAGUAAAUGGAGAAUUCAUGCAAACAGAGGAAAGUGCAACAGGGGAUGAACAAUUCGCCCACUACUUGGAAAAAACGUUUAAGAAAACUGCAAGCCUCAUUGCGUGUAGUUGCCAAUCGGUUGCAGUACUAGCUGAAGCUGAUGCUACUUUGCAAAAGAUUGCUUUCCAGUUUGGUCGCCAACUGGGGAUGGCAUUUCAACUGGUUGAUGACGUACUCGAUUUCGUAGCUACAUCGGCUCAAUUGGGUAAGCCAGUAGCAGCUGAUCUACGCCUGGGACUUGCAACUGCUCCAGUUUUGUUCGCUGCGCACAAAUUUCCUGAAUUGAAUCCAAUGAUUCAACGACGAUUUAACCAGCCAGGAGACGUAGAGACAGCUUUCUACUUAGUUCAUCGCUCUGAUGGAUUGCAACGAACAAAGGAAUUGGCUAGCCAAUACUGUGAUGAUGCCUUGACUCAGUUGACUCAUUUGUCACCAUCGAGUUACCAGCAAAUUUUAUAUACUUUAACACUUGAAUUGCUUAACAGAAUGAAAUAAUUCUCUGGGAAGAUGGAUUCUUUCCGAUUAAGAGAAAACGUUAAUUUUUUAUAGCACUUUUAUUGUGAUUGCAUUCAUAAAAAAUCGGGAUUUACAGCUAUAACAAUAUGAUAUAAGGACAAGUUUAGCACCGCUUUCGCUUCAUGUAAUAUAUUUUUUCGAGGAAUACACGUGAUCCUCCCGAAAAAGGACGACAUCAA